AGUCAACUUUUUGGUUAUCUCAGUUGAGUUGGUUUCCUUCUUUCUUUCUGAUAGAAAGUGUUUCAUGCUUGUUUCCACAUUGUUGAUUUAUCGAUUGCAAUAUUUAUAUUAAUAAUUACGGAAAUAUAUUGAUAAUAGGCAGUUCUUACACAAAACACAAGAUGGAAUAUAUUUCUCCAGACAGUUUACAAGGCCCAAAUGGCACAAGAAUAUUAUGCUGUCAAUGUGCAGUGCCUAUUGAAGCCAACCCAUCAAACAUGUGUGUCGCAUGUUUGAGAGCCAAUGUCGACAUUACUGAUGGAAUCCCUAAACAAGCUACUAUUUUCUUUUGCCGAGGAUGUGAAAGGUACUUGCAGCCACCAGCUGAAUGGGUAGUCUGUCCAUUAGAGUCCCGUGAGCUUCUUGCUCUUUGCCUCAAAAGGUUGAAGGGUUUGAACCGGAUAAAAUUGAUUGAUGCAGGCUUCGCGUGGACUGAACCUCAUUCUAAGAGAAUAAAGGUCAAAUUGACAGUUCAAGGAGAAGUAAUGGGAGGUGCAGUUCUCCAGCAGACAUUUAUUGUGGAGUUCACCAUACAGCAUCAGAUGUGUGACGCUUGCCAUCGCUCAGAAGCUCAGGACUACUGGAAGGCUCUCGUGCAAGUUAGGCAGAGAGCCAACAACAGGAAGACAUUCUACUAUUUGGAGCAAUUGAUUUUGAAACACAAGGCGCAUGAGAACACUCUAGGAAUCAAACCUAAGCAUGAUGGCCUGGACUUCUUCUACGCGACAGAGAGCCACGCACGCAAAAUGGUGGACUUCAUACAGUCAGUGUUGCCAAUCAAAUGCCAACAUUCCAAGAAGCUGAUAUCGCACGACAUACACAGCAACAUAUACAACUACAAAUUCACAUUUAGCAUUGAAAUUGUGCCGCUGUCAAAGGACAGUCUCGUGUGUCUGCCGAAGAAGUUGACGCAUCAGCUUGGGUCCAUAUCACCAAUUUGCUUGGUGAAUCGAGUGACUAGCACUAUUCAUUUGAUUGAUGGGAGCACAGGACAAGUGUGUGAUCUGUCCUCUACCGUGUAUUGGCGGUAUCCCUUCACGCCCAUCUGCAAUCCGAAACAGCUUGUUGAAUAUAUUGUUAUGGACACCGACAUUAUCAAGGAACAUGAAAAGAAAUCGUUCCCCGGGCAAGGUAUGGUGUCCAACAAACACGUAGUGGCGGACGUGUGGGUGGUGAAGGCCAGUGAGCUGGGCACUGACGUCAACCCCGUGCACACCAAGACCCACCUUGGACAUAUACUGAAGCCCGGUGACACUGUCUUGGGUUAUAACCUAGAAAACUCAAACGUGAACGAUACAAACCUGGACAAACUGGACCGCAGCGUAAUACCGGACGUGUUCCUCGUGAAGAAACACUACGGGGAGAAGGCGGCGAGGCGACGCGCGCGCAACUGGAAACUGAAACAUAUGGCCGAGGAGCUACAUGACGGCGUUAGCUCCACCAAUGAAGAUUACAACGACUUCCUGGACGACCUCGAGGAAGACCCUGCAUUCCGUCAGAACAUAAACAUCUUCAAGGAUACAAACAAACUGGCCGUGGACACAGAUGAGAUCGACCCGGCUUUGCCCCGCAUCACCCUGGCUGAAAUGUUAGAUGAUUUGCAUAUAGAGGAUGUUGAAAUGAGCGAAGUGUAAUCUAUUUUUAUUGAGAAAUAAAAUAUUUAUAUUUUUAUCGUUGAA